AGCAUCUGUACCAAGCCAUCCAGAGAUGCCUAUCCUGUAAUGGUUACCCUAAAACAUUUUGACGAAGCAAGUGAAGUUGAUGCAAAGAGCCGUGGUAACAUUGAUGAAAGCUUGCACAAACCCAGCUGUGGGGAUGAUGAUUCAAAGCCAACAUAUCUGCAAAACGCCCAACCGGGGGCGGAGGAGCUGGUCCUGGCAAAGUAUUUGGUAGGAUGCGAUGGUGCGCAUUCAUGGGUACGUAAAGCCUUGGGACAGGAAUUUGGGCUGCGGGGCGAAACUACGGAUGCUAUCUGGGGUGCGAUGGAUAUAAUCCCGGUCACUGACUUUCCCGAUAUCCGAGUUCGCACUAUGGUGCGCAGUACUAGCGGUGGAAGUCUCAUGAUGAUUCCAAGAGAGAAUAAACUCGUUCGGUUGUACAUUCAACUAACGGACGGUUUGUCAAUUAAUGGCCGGCUGACUAGAUCUAUGGUCACCCCUGAGAUGCUGAUAGAGACUGCUCAGAGGAUUUUCAGCCCUUACACUAUUGACUUCACAUAUAUACACUGGUGGAGCGCAUAUCAGAUUGGACAGAGAUCAGGAGACCAUUUUGAUAAGCAAGGACGUAUCUUUCUUGCUGGCGAUGCCGUUCACACUCAUUCGCCAAAGGCAGGACAGGGAAUGAACGUAUCUAUGCAAGAUACGUAUAAUCUGGGUUGGAAGAUUGGUUUAGCAUGCAAGGGACUUGUGCGGCCAAAAGCCAUUAUCCCAACCUACGAUAUGGAGCGUAAGUUGGUCGCUAAAGAACUGAUCGCAUUCGACCGAAAGUUCUCCGAAUUGCUUUCGAUGCACUCUGCGAAAGAUAUUUCGGAAACAUCAGUUGAGCUUAAACAAUUUUUUAAGAAAGCGCCACUAUUUACAACUGGUAUUGGUGUAAACUAUGCCUCGAGUAUUCUCACAGUUGAUGGGAGGGUUUGGGAGCUUCAUCAUCGCAUGCCAUCUGACGGACGCUUCCGUAUCAUGGUUUUCGGCGGCAAUAUCGCAGAUGCUGAGCAACGAUUUGCAGUCAAUACCUUGGGCCAGUGGCUAGGCAAGACUCUAAUUCCACGAUAUCCUCCGAUCAAUAUCUGCCCCAUUGUUGAUCGUCGUCUGCAGACUGUCCGAUUCCAAUCCGAACUAAUGACGCCAACCCUAGAGAUAUUCCUAGUGCAUACGGCUCCUCGUAGCCAGAUAGAUGUACUGCGGGACGUAGACUCUACAUAUCAUCCGUGGCAUCCCAAGCUCGGCUGGGACUAUGAUUAUAUAUUUACAGCUUCUGGAGUCGCCACUGAAGACAAUAUCCAGCUAACACAGAGUGUAUAUCGAGAUUAUGGGAUUGAUGAGGAGAGAGGUGCCGUUGUACUUGUAAGGCCGGAUGGAUAUGUUGGGACGGUAACUAGUGUCGCUGCAAAAGAGGCACGGACUAAAAUUUGCAAUUGGCUUGACGGCUUACUACAAGGCCUGAAUAACUGA